AUGUUGCGGCUCUGGCUUUUCCUAGCCGGCUCGGCCGCUGCGAUCCCCUUCAACAACGGUUUAUACGCCGCUGGUUAUGGCUAUCUCGUUCAGCGCGACGGCUGCCCAGUACCAUGCGGUUACCAAAACCAGUACUGCUGCGACACCAACUCAGCAUGCGUCACCAACAACGGGAUAGCAGCCUGCACACCGGCUGCGGGAGCAGGCGGUGGAGUGGCCUGGUACACGACAACCUGGACUGAGACCAAGACUUAUACCAAAACAUGGCAAUCCGUCAUUCCAGCUGCGACCGGUGUCAGCGGCGCCGACUGCAUUCCCGAGGCCGGCAGCGGGUGGAUUGCCUGCGGCUCGAUCUGCUGCGACUCUUGGCAAUACUGCCAACACGCCGGGCAGUGUAUGGCCAACCCCGGUGCUGGCCCCGGAGGCGUGGUUAUCGUGACAAACACCAACACUGCCGUGCAAACCGUCACCACCCAGUUCAGCGCGCCAUUUCGCGUUACUAGCGGCACCGCGACAACGACGAACUCGGCUGGUGGAGCUAUUCAGACGGGGGAUGACGCGGAACCAGUGGAGGGCGGUACAGCCGGUGGCUUGAGCCCCGGUGCCAUCGCCGGUAUCGUCAUUGGCUCCAUCGCCGGUGUCGCCCUUCUCCUCGCCAUCUGCGCUUGCUGCGUCGUCAGGGGUCUUUGGCACGGUGUCAUGGCCAUUCUUGGGUUCGGCAAGAAGGACAAGAGAACAAAGGAGACCAUCAUCGAGGAAGAGCGCUACACCCGCCGCGGAUCCUCGCACGCCGGGCGCACCAACCACGGUUCGUGGUAUGGCGGCCGACCUAGCACAGUAUCAUCGCGAAAGGAUAAGAAGAGCGGCGCCGGCCUGUUGGGGAUGGGAGCCGCGCUUGGCACUCUUGCGUUGCUGCUCGGAUUGAAGAAGGAUAAGAAGAAGAGAGCCCCGGUCAAGAGCAGGAGUGAUAUCAGCAGCAGCUACUACUCUGAUGUUUACACAAACGAUAGUCCUAGCUCCCUCAGCAGCGACAGACGAACCCGCCGAUCCCACCGCCAUAGCAGGCAAGGGAGCAGGGUAACGAGGACGACCACGACACGUGUAUCCCGCGCCCCGUCGGCGAGGUCGGCCAGAUCACCAAGGAGGUCUCCCCCGCGGUGA